UGUCCAAAACUGCUAGUAUUCCCAUGGCUGGUCUCGGCGGCGCCGCUCUCCAGCUGCACGCGGCCGUGGCCGUGCUUCGCACGGCGGCGGCCGCCGGCAAGCUGUCCGCAGGCAAGGCAGUCCACGCGCAUAUGCUGAGAGCGUCCCAUUUCCACGUCGUCCUGCACAACCACCUCAUCGCCUUCUACGCCAAGUGCGGCUGCCUCGGCCUUGCCCGCCGAGUGUUCGACGCAAUGCCCUCCCGCAACCCGGUCUCCGGGAGCCUCCUCAUGUCCGGCUACGCCUCCUCCGGUCGCCACGGGGACGCGCUCGCGCUGCUCAGGGCGGCCGACUUCGACCUCAACGAGUACGUUCUGUCCACCGCCCUGUCGGCCACGGCCCAGGUCCGGAGCUACGACAUGGGGAGGCAGUGCCAUGGGCAUGCCGUCAAGUCUGGGCUGGCGGAGCACCACUAUGUCUGCAACGCGUUGCUGCACAUGUACUGCCAGUGCGCUCAUGUGGAGGAUGCGGUCAAGGUGUUUGAGAGUGUGUCUGGUUUCGACGCGUUCGCGUUCAACUCGAUGAUCAAUGGGUUUCUUGACAAGGGCAAGUUUGAUGGUUCGGUCAGGGUUGUGAGAAGCAUGGUCGGAGAAGUUGAGCAAUGGGACCAUGUGUCGUAUGUCGCAGUUCUUGGGCAUUGUGCUAGCACCAAAGAGCUGCUGCUUGGCCGUCAAGUGCAUGCCCAGGCGUUGAAGAAGAGGCUCGAGCUGAAUGUGUAUGUGGGCAGCGCUCUGGUUGAUAUGUACGGGAAGUGUGAGUGCGCCUGUGAUGCUCAUUCCGCAUUUGAGGUUUUGCCAGAAAAGAAUGUUGUUUCUUGGACAGCUGUUAUGACUGCCUAUACCCAGAAUGAGCUGUUUGAAGAGGCAUUGCAGUUGUUCUUAGAUUUGGAAAUGGAAGGAAUUCGGCCAAAUGAGUUCACUUAUGCCGUGGCUCUCAACAGUUGUGCUGGUCUUGCAGCCUUGAAAAAUGGCAAUGCACUUAGUGCCUCUGCUGUGAAAACUGGCCAUUGGGGUGCUCUGUCUGUCUGUAAUGCCCUCAUUAAUAUGUAUGCAAAAAGUGGCAGCAUUAGUGAUGCAUGGAGAGUCUUCCUUUCUAUGCCAUGUCGCGACGUGGUCUCGUGGAAUUCGAUCAUAAUAGGCUAUGCUCAUCAUGGCCUUGCAAGAGAAGCCAUGCAUGUAUUUCAUGAUAUGUUGUCUGCUGAAGAAGCCCCAUCCUAUGUGACCUUUGUUGGGGUGCUGUCAGCUUGUGCACAGUUGGGUCUUGUCGAUGAAGGAUUGUACUACUUGAACAUUAUGAUGAAGGAAAUGGGUAUAAAACCUGGAAGAGAACAUUACACUUGCAUGGUUGGUUUGCUCUGCAGAGCUGGACGGCUAGAUGAGGCGGAACAGUUCAUAUUGAGCAACUGUAUUGGCACUGACGUUGUUGCGUGGAAAUCGCUUUUAGGUUCUUGCCAGGUAUAUAAAAACUAUGGCCUGGGUCAUCGAGUAGCUGAGCAGAUCCUUGAGUUGAAACCCAAUGAUGUAGGAACCUAUGUUUUGCUUUCUAACAUGUAUGCAAAAGCAAACCGAUGGGAUGGUGUCGUGAAGGUCCGGAAACUGAUGAGAGAGAGGGGUGUUAGGAAAGAGCCUGGUGUUAGUUGGAUCCAAGUAGGAAGUGAGGUCCAGGUUUUCACAUCAGACGACAAGAAUCACCCAUGGAUAAACCAGAUCACCAUAAAGCUCAAAGAGUUGAUAGACCAGAUCAAAGUGAUCGGAUAUGCUCCGAAUUUUGCAGUUGUCCUACAUGAUGUUGAGGAUGAACAAAAGGAAGAGCAUCUUAUGUAUCACAGCGAGAAAAUGGCUCUUGCGUUUGGCCUUAUUCACAGCCCCGAAGGAGCAACUAUCCGCAUAAUGAAAAACCUCAGGAUAUGCGAUGAUUGCCAUGUUGCUAUCAAACUCAUCUCUCUUGUGACGAGAAGAAGAAUAGUUGUGAGGGAUACUGUUCGGUUUCAUUGUAUAGAGGAUGGAGUAUGCUCAUGUGAUGACUAUUGGUGAUCCACACCUUGGUUGUCAGAAGUUCCAGAACAUAUGUGUUGUUAUGGACAUCAACAUGGUAUGUCAUCUUAUUUUCUAGAGCCAAGAGUUCUUGGUGCUGCCCGUCGCCCUGCUCCCAUCUUGCAGCAGAUCCCCUUGCUGCUGGUGUCACUCAAGCCUACAUUCCCGCGGUCGAUCAUCCCAGGUCUCCCCCAUAUAUCCAGUGGGAAUAAUUUUUAUACAUCACAUUUACAGUGACGUAUAGGAGUACCUGGAAUGAACAGAACAGGUCGACUUUCCCCAUUCUCGGGAACUUUGGUUUGACCAAACCACACAUUGCCAUGUCAGCGUACAAAUAUGUUGCCAAGGAAACCAAGCCAUUCUCUCUCUGAAGCAGAUCAAAAACCUGAAAUUUGUCAGCUCAACUGAACGAGCCACAAAUACAAAAUGAUAUCGAAUCUGAUGUAUCUCGUCAGAAACGACUAAUGCCUCCGGGUCUCCCUAUUUAUCUUCAAUGCAGGAUCAAAUGCUUUAGA